ACGAAUGAACUCUUAAUUCUGUUAUCAGUUGCUUCUGAAACGCCGCUCCGCGUAGUCAUGUCAAUUGCUGUUAAAUAUGCGAUUUUCGCUGUCCUGGUGGCUAGUGCUGGAUUUGUGGAAAGUUACUAUGUAGCAUUGAUUCCCAAGACCAUCCGGGAGCAUUCCUCAUCGCUGGUGGUUAUCGCCAACCUGGGAUUCGAUCAUGACGAGCAAUUCAGGAUCUCGCAGAACGGCAAAGCUAAGUUGGUUGAUGUUCCCGUGAAUGUAACCAUGACUGUAAAACCGAAACUGAUGAAUGGAAGAAAUGCCGUACAAGUGGUGGACACACGAAGUGGCGUUACGACCGAUCUUGACGUGACGAUGGACAGAAGCUCACUGUCGAUUUACAUUCAAACCGAUAAACCGAUCUACAAACCGGGUGAUACGAUCCGAUUUCGGGUGCUGGUGCUGGACCACGAGUUGAAGCCUUCGGCGAUGUUGAAGAGUAUCAACGUGAGGCUGGCCGACAGUCAGGAGAAUCUCAUUCGAGAGUGGUCUUUCGGAGAACUCGUCCAGGGAGUGUUCCAGUCUGAGCUGGAGCUGGCCAACUUUGUCCGUCUUGGAACGUGGACACUUACGGCGACCGUCUUGAAUGGGAAGGCUAAGAGCAAGCAGAUCACGGUUGACGAGUACGUGCUUCCGAAGCAUGAGAUACGGAUGAGCAGUUCGAAAAUCGCGGUGAUGACCGAUGAAACGUUGACUUUGGUUGUGGAUGCUGUCUACACAUUUGGAAAGCCGAUACGGGGUGACCUCACGGUGAUCGCGGAAGAUUCCGGACAGCAGGUUCAAAACAGUAUCAAUGGUCGAGCGAUCGUCAAUUUCGAUGUUGCAAGCUUGGUAGAAGGAAAACACUUUGGUAAAAUGUUCUACAUUACAUUUACUGCAACGAUCGAAGAGCUGGGAUCGGAUCAGUCGUACAAAAAAAGUGUUCAUAUCCCAAUAUAUCGGGACAGCUACCGAAUUACGUUCCGCAAGUCGUCGGAAAACCUCACUCCGGGAGUUUACUUCAGGUGUUGGUUCACGGUGACAGAUCCUACAGGUAACCCAUUCCAAAAGCCGGAAAAUCUGAUCGUGAAGGCAACUCAAGGCAAGACAACGAUUACAGCAAAGAAACCAGACCAGAACGGCGUCGUGUAUCUCAAGUUCGACGACAUCGAGGACUACUCCCAAUCCCUCAAGCUGGACGUCAGCUACGCCGGCAAAACCCACUUCUUCUCAGUCGAACCCCUCCACGAGGACGACUCGUUCAUCCAAGUCUCCAUCCUGACCGAAGAUCCCGAGCAGGGCCAACCCGUCAAAGUUCUCGUCACCAGUUCGUUCGAUCUGGUCCCGUUUCUGUACUUUGUAAUAGCCCGUGGGGAGAUCUUAACGCGAGCCCGCAUCCACGCCAAAGCCGGACAAAAGUCGACCUUCAGCUUUCCGACGACCCUAGGGAUGGUUCCGUCGGCCAGUGUGGUCGUGUUUGCGGUGCACGAAGGUCGGUUGAUGCAGGAUGUGGCACACUUCAGGGUGACUCGGCUGAAGAACUUUGUGAACGUCACUCUGUCCGAGGAUGAAACGGAACCGCGAAGACAGUUGCAAAUCAGGGUGGAUUCACUGCCAGGAUCGAUGGUUGGAUUGCUGGCGGUGGACAAGAGCGUCCUGCUGUUGGAAACGGGGAAUGACAUCACACGGCAAUCACUUCUGGAGGACGGGAUCGAUAUGGAAAGCAAGGAUAUUGAGGAUCUUGGAUUCACAGUGCUUACAAAUGCCAAACCAAGUGUCAGCCUUUCUGGUGAGGUGGACAUCCGAAUCUGCGAUGAUAACUACGGCGAUCAUGUUCGGAAACACUUUGCGGAAACUUGGAUGUGGACCGAACCAAUGGCAGUGAGUUCUUCCGGCUCGCUAUCCCUGACCGCCACCGUUCCGGACACCAUCACCGGCUGGUCCAUCAGUGCGUUCGCGGUCAACGCACAGCACGGUCUGGGCCUGAUCGAGCAACCCGUUUAUCUGACCGUCGUUAAACCAUUCUUCGUAACCGUAAACGUCGCCUAUUCCAUACUUAAAACGGAAACCGCCCUCAUCGAGGUGUUUGUUCACAAUUACGGGAUCGAGCAGGAACAUGCCGAGUUAACUCUGCAGGUCGACUCUGAAGAGUUCCUGCUGCUGAACGAGGAGCAGCAGGUUAUCGGUGGAGUUCGACAGUCGGAAAGAGUUACGAUACCAGUUGACGGCAUCGAAAGGGUGCAGUUCUUCGCGAAGCCUCGACGAUCCGGCGAGCUGACGAUAACCGUCACUGCGAAAACAAACUCGAACAAGUUCGACGGUGUUCAGCGCACCGUUAAGGUGACCUCGGGAGGCAUUCAGUUCUAUCAGAAUGAACCCCGAUUCAUUGAUGUUGAGGACGCUGCGCAACGUUUUGAAAUUGGGCUGGCAAUUCCUCGAACGGCAACGAACGGUUCGGAGCUCAUCGUGUUCUCGUUAGAAGGGCUUGUGAUGGGUGCUGCUCUGACGAAUUUGGACGGAUUGAUCCGUCUUCCAACGGGUUGCGGCGAGCAGCGGCUGGUGAAGUUGGUCCCAACGGUGAUCGCACUGGAAUAUAUGAGCGUAACAGGAACGCUGGGAAACUCGAUGAAGUACCGAGCAGUUUCGUUCUUGAGGCAAGGUUACCAGAAUCAGCUGGAGUACAAGCGGAAGGACGGAUCGUUCCAUGUGUUCAGGUGGGAUGAUCAUGGCAGUGUGAUGGUAACGGCGAUCGUAGCGAAGACACUUCGAAUCGCUGGGAAGUACAUCACGGUGGAUGAAGGAAUUGCGCGAAAUGCUUACGAUUGGAUUCAACGACAGCAGAGGUCGGACGGAAGCUUCAGCGAAGCAGGAAGGGUCAUCUCGCGUAGAAUGCAGGGAAGUUUGGGCGAUGACGUACCGCUGACUGCUUUCGUGUUGAUUGCCAUAUUGGAACACAAGAACCUUGCCCAGAAGUAUAGAACGGUCGUAGAAAAGGGCACAGGUUACCUUUCGAAAAAGUUGGACGGUCUUACUAAGCCGUAUCACUUGGCAAUGGUAGCUUACGCUCUCCAGCUGGCCAAGCAUAACCGCAAGCAGUUUGCUCUGGAGAAGUUGAUAGAGGUUUCAAAAAAUAAAGACAACAUGCGUUGGUGGCAAGAUGGUGAAGCAAGUAUCGAAACUACGGCGUAUGCAUUGCUGACCUACCUGAACAACGGGAUGUACAUCGAUGCUGGACCUCUGAUGAAGUGGCUUGUAUCCAAACGCUACGAUCUGGGUGGAUUCGACAACACUCAGAACACACUCAUAGGGCUGCAAGCGUUAGCCGAGUACUCAAAGCUCCUCUCGCCUUCUCGGAACAACUACGAAGUGACAAUUUCCUACGGCGACGGGAACCGAAAUUCACUGAAGAUCCAAGGCAUGACCACUCCAAUCAGUCAGAAUCUAACCCUGCCAGCAAAUACCCGAAAAGUUAGUGUAUUGAUCGUCGGAACGGGGACGGGAGUGUUCCAGGUAGCCUAUCAGUACAAUCAAAUCGCUACGGACGACGAGCCGCGGUUCGAGCUGAGCAAAACGAUCCGCAGAAGCUCGUCGGGCAGCGUUCUCGAUCUGCACGUCUGUGCUAAAUUUAAGCCGCGAAAGCGGUUCGAAGUCACGAACAUGGUUCUGAUGGAGGUGUUGUUGCCCAGUGGAUACGUCGUUGCUGAUAAGACCAUCGACAAGCUCAGAAACAACAAGAAAAUGAUGAAAAUCGAAAAAGAUUAUGACGACACCAGACUGGUGAUAUACUUUGACGCACUUUCGGAUGUGGACGCAACCUGUGUGGAGGUUUUCAGCCUUCGGAAAGCGAUAGUUCUAGGGCAGAUUGCUGGCAUGAUAAAGGUGUACGACUAUUACGAUCCAGAUCGGGAGGCCUACGAAUAUUUUGAUGCAAAUGCAUAAAAUUACUAGGAUUUUCGCAAUAUUAAAAAAAGAUUGACGAA